AGGAGAGCGUGAAUACUUCCACAUCCUAACGGUGAAUUCUCAACCCCUCUCCCUGCAGAGAAUGCUGAGGAAGCACUGCCGAUGGCCCCAGAUGAUGGAAAUUCAGCAACCAUAUUAUCAGUUCUGCCGGCGGCCAUCUCCACUCCACGCUCCCCUGUGACGGCGGCACUACCCACAUCACCAGCUGUCUCAACUCCCUCGGCCCCACGAAACAGUAACCACGCGAACGCACCCACAGCUUCAGCCGAUCGUGAAAAGAAACCAACUGUCACGUCAGAAGAACAGCUCCCACUGAGACUGGUGAAUGGCACUGGGAGGUGCUCUGGCCGGGUGGAAGUCUUCUACCGGGACACCUGGGGGUCGGUGUGUGAUGGCGGCUGGAGGGACUGGGCCCCAGUGCGGCUGACGGGUGGCAACGGGAGCUGUGCGGGCCGAGUGGAGCUCUUCUACCAGGGCGUCUGGGGGACAGUGUGCGAUGACCUCUGGGACCUGCCGGAAGCCAACAUCGUCUGCAGGCAGCUUGGGUGUGGCUGGGCCGUCUGGGCCCCAGGCGAGGCCCACUUUGGGGAAGGUUCUGGGAAGAUCCUCCUGGACAACGUGCACUGCAUGGGAGACGAGCAGCACCUGGAGGAAUGCUCCCAUGUGGGCUGGUUUUCCCACAACUGCGAGCACAGUGAGGACGCUGGCGUCAUCUGCUCAGAUGCUGAGAACUUGCCGGUCACCCCACCAGGUCGCCCGUUGGCCAUCCUGGCAGGGACGAUGGCUGCAGAAAACUCUCAGUGUGGCGGUGUCGUCACUAACUCAUCUGGGGCGAUUCGGAACCCGCCGCAGAACACGAUGCAUGACAACAUCACCUGCGUGUGGGAAAUCAGGGCAAACACAUCCGAGCACAUCCUGCUGGCCUUCCCGUAUCUGAACCUCGACUGCACCAACGAGUAUUUUGAGAUCCUGGACGGGCCGCCAGCCUCGGCACAGUCCCUGGGGAAGACCUGCUCCGGCUUCUACCUCACCUACUCGUCCUCCUCCAGCUCCAUGACCCUUGUGUACUUCCGCAGCUUCAACAACAUAGGGAAGAACUUCAUUGCUUAUUACUACUCUGUCGCCAAAGGUGAGAACGGAGAUGGCUAG